UAAUUAUUUCAUCCAAAAUGGCGGCGAACUUUUGGCUUUCUUCGCACUGCAAUCAAUGGCUCCUUGAUCGUGAAGAAAUCGAACUAGAAAGGCAACGAGACUACCAAAACCUUAAAGAUGACGACUACAAGAAGAUACAAAUCUUUUUUAUCAACUUUAUGCAAGCUUUAGGCGAACAUUUGAAGCUACGACAACAAGUAAUUGCAACUGCCUCUUUGUACUACAAAAGAUUUUAUGCCAGAAAUUCUUUGAAGAGUAUUGAUCCGCUUCUUAUGGCUCCGACGUGUAUGUACUUAGCUCACAAGACGGAGGAGUGUGGUGUGAUAUCUAACAGUCGUUUCAAUGCAGCUUGUAACGCCGUUGUGAAGAACAAAUUCUCCUUCGCUUUUCCCGGGGAUCAGUUUCCGUACAGGAUGACGCAGGUAGAGUAUGUUUUCAUCCUAUCUUUCCAUCUUGAUGAGCUGUAAAUUCGUGUAUGCUUCGCUUUUUAAGUUUAGGCAGAAACAAUCCUAUCAAUCAUCCCUGCAUGAAAAGAUGCUUACUGAACUACACCGAAUACAAGAUAAUCUAUACCCACUAUAUAUAUUGGUUUAAUAAAGUACAUAAGAUAGGUUUAAACGUAUUUUUCAGCAAGAAGUAACAUUGAAUGCUAUCUCGUAUUCCGAGAACAGAUCAUUUAUCAGUAAAAGACAUUUAAGUUUUAUUGUGAAAGAAGUCACCAUUUAUCAACAGUACAAGCUGCAAGGAAAGGCAAAGAAGAACGUUUGCAGGCAUGAACAUGUUAUGGAUCUAACUUAGAGUCAUUUCAGCAGUUAAAAUGGCUCUAAGAGGGCCCCAAAACAUAUUUAUGUCCAAGAAUAAUAACCCUUUAACUCCCAGAAGUGAUUAACAUGUAAUUUCCUCCUAUAGUAUCUAAACAUCAUCCAAACUUAUCAACUAGAAGUGGUUAUCUUGAUCUAGCACCAAAUUCUUAUAACUUAUUAGCAAGGAAAUGUGUUGCAGCUAGAGGGGAGAAUAAAAAAUCAGAUCGUGGGAGUUAAAGGGUUAUUAACUGAAAUUCUGUUAUCAUCACUCUGGGGGGGGCAUUGAGAAAAUAAACUGAAAAAAUGGCACAAAACAAUCUGAACAAUAAUACAAGCAUGCAAGGCAGAUACAAUACAUUGUAGCCUGCUAAAAUAUCCAUUGUAGCCUGCAAAAUCUGCCCUAAUGCCCAACAAAAUGAUGAUAAUAUUCAUCAAUCUAAUCUGUUUAAACAGUUCAUGUAUGUGGCUGUUACAGUGGGAGUGACUAAUGUCAAAUUCACUAGUUGUGGACAACAAGUAAGGAAACACAUUGGUGUGGAUAUCAUCCAAAACCCACCCUAACUCCUGUUUUGUGUUUGAAACAAAAACAUGGUGGACUUAUAAGUAGAUAUACGAGAGGAAUAAGUUUAGCAAUAAGAGUAAAAGCAAAAGAGAUAACCUCUUUGGUAAUUUUUUUUUCUUGAAACUGUAAAUUGAGAAACAUUUGGGCAAGAGGGGUUGCAUUUGGCAGUUUUACAAGAGGCAUAAUAUGCAAAGACCAUUAUUUAUACUGUAAAAUUUGUUACUUGAAAAGUGUUCCCACUUCCCUUAAAAAUACUUGAUAUCCUUAUCUUUGUUUUCCUUUUAAAAAUGUUUCAUCUGUUAAAACUUUUUCCUGAAGCAUCUCUGGGAGCCUGAAUGUUAAAUCCCAAAUCAGAUAGUGGUGCCCAUAACCAGUCCAACUUAUCACAGUACAAACUGGGGUCUGUAAUUGUUUCCAUGCCAUUCCUGGUAAUGCAGGAAAAAGAAAAUAGGAAAAAAUAAAAUAAGUUAUUCCCUGGACUAGGUCAAUCCACAUGGGAAAAAACUGUGACCUUGGUCUCUAGUAUGGCAAUAAGCCUUAGGUUCUACCCAAGACCUCAGGCACAGUUUUUUCAGUAUACAAACCUCCCACCCAGGAAAUGACAUAUAUAUCUUCCAGAGAUUGCAAAUGUAAUUUGGUCAAGCAGAAUCUCUUUACUGAUUUCAUUUGUUUGCUUGCAGGUUCUUGAGUGUGAAUUUUUCUUGCUUGAGAUGAUGGACUGUUGUUUGAUUGUGUACCAUCCUUACAGACCUCUUACUCAGUAUGUUGCUGAUCUUGGGAUGGAAGAUGCAAUCCUGCCAAUUGCAUGGCGCAUUUUGAAUGAUAGUUUGCGAACAGAUGUCUCUCUCAUCUAUCCCCCUUACCAGAUUGCAUUGGCUGCCAUUUAUAUGGCUUGUGUCAUUCAACAGAAAGAUUCCAAGCAGUGGUUUGCGGAGCUAUCUGUUGAUAUGGACAAAGUACUGGAAAUCACACAGGAAAUCUUGCAGCUGUAUGAACUGUAUAAGAGUUACGAUGAAAGAGCUGAAAUCUCUGCAGUACUAAGCCGAGCCCCGAGACCCAAAGUCAGGCCAACAUCUGCUACACCCGGCCAGACUCCAUCUCCUGUGCCACCAGAAUCCUGA